UUACGAAGGAUACGUACAUAACAUCGACGAGAAGACAAAAAAGCUAACACUUGUGAAAGAACACAAGAUGUACCAAAAGUCCGUGUUAUGGAUAUUUAUUUGUGUUUACCAUUGCUCACUUUGUCAAAUUGACACAACAUUAAUUACUAGUAGCCAGUAUUGUGGCACAUAUAUUUGAGGUUCCCUAUAUCUCAAUUGCCAUGAUAAUUUACAGUGGACAGGCUAAGCCCAUUAAAAUUGUGGCUAUGAUUGAAAUGGUUAUUAUAAAUAUUUUUUUGUUGUAAGAACCAAAUUAAAAGUGAAAACCCAUGAUUGCAUUUUUUAGUUGUCUCUUGCAAGACAGGAUCAAGAAUACAUGGUUUCCACCACUUUUUCCCAAAUGAAAUCACAGAUUUAACUGUUUUAGAAGAGAAAAAGAGAGAUGACAGAAACACUGUAAACAAAGUUCAAAAAACAGGAGAUGCAGAAGUUUCAAAUGCCCCAUCUCUACCUUUCCCUACUGAACAAGUCAUGAAUGAGUUACCACAACUGAAAUGGCAAGAGCCAAAGAAAGGAGGUUCUCCUUAUAAACAUAAGGAAUUUUUUUCAAAGAGGCGUUUUGAAAGAGACCAAUCCAGGCGUGAUCCCAGCGAUGAAGGUUCUAGAAUGCUCCAAGAAAAGCCUGGGGUUGUAAAUUGUAACUCAGACCUCUUUGUUGAGACUUCAACAGAUCAAGAAAAUUUUUUAAUCAAUCCUCCUGAUAUUGUCCUUAUUGACUCGUUCGGAGAAGCAUUUGAAAAAGCAAUUGGGUACAUUUUACGUCAACGAGUGGUGGGUGUUGCAUGGGAAGGUGUAAAUGUUGGUCGUUUUGGCCAUCUUUGCCUUGUACAGGUCGGUUGUAACAAGUGUGUUUACCUUUUUGAUAUUGUUGUCCUUGGUCGACAAGCCUUUGAUUCUGGCUUGGCAGACAUCAUGGAUUCUGCAGACAUUUUAAAGGUGAUUCACAAUUGUCGUCACUUCAGUGACGCACUAUAUCAUCAGUAUGGAGUCAGCCUUGUAAAUAUUUUUGACACCCAAGUAGCAGACGCCAUUAUUUAUAGGAAUGAAGUUCCGGAUAGAAAACUUCCAAGACAAACAAGCAAACUUAUAUCAUGUAUGUAUGAAUACCUUCAUCUUUCUCCUGAUGAAUACCAUUUUCAUAAAACUCGUCUCAAGCACACCAAGAAUGAUGAGAUGGUAUGGAAGAAUCGUCCCAUUGGACGGGAUUUGAUCGACGUUGCUGCAAAGACCGUUAUGUAUCUUCGAGAACUACGCUUGGCUCAGAUGGAACGUAUGAUGGAAGAGUUUCUCCACGGCGUUGAUAUCUAUCUGUCUUGUGUUAGGGACGCUCCUGAUGAUGUCGUUAAAAAGAAGUCAUCCACUGGUCUGCCUGAAAGGUUCUAUGAACUUAAACAUCGUGAAAGAACUCGCCACAGACAAGUUGAACUUGAGAUGGAUAACAGCAACGAGGUGGAAGAACAGCGUCUCGCUUGGGAGGAGGGACACCAUUUCAUGAUGAAAUACGAACAAUAUGGUAUGCGUGUGCGAGAACACAAAUACCCGCCACUUGCCGCGAGACCCGGAGGAAAUUCACAAGUCACCGACAGCCAUAGUACAACCGGGGAUCCCUCUAGUGAUGUAACAACAGGAAUUGACCGGCUGCAUGUCCAAAGCGGAGCUCCAGGGACACAACCAGAACUAAGGAAUUGUAUGGUGAAUGACAGUGGUUCACGUUUGUCUGGUCUCGACAGUCGAAGACCUGGGAUAUUCUCGCAAGACGAUUUUCCUCAACUCAGUUCAGACUCGGACAGCAGUGGCCAGUCUCCGCGCGCCUCAUCUGGUUGGCAACACACGAGGCCGUCACGUGAACCAAAAUUCGGUCGUGGCCGUGCAGCGUCGCUAAUGCGCAAUGCGAAACUACCAGGGGCACGUAAACCGAAAGAAAAAGCCUACGGAACAUCAUCAUCAUCAUACGCUGAUACCACUUAUCAUCAGGACUUGCCAUAUAAUGACAAGUUGCAAUUCCCGUCUGAUCAGGAACUCUUAACUUCUUCAGAAGUGGUUUCAGCACCCGGCUUGUACAAGAUACCCAGUGGACCGCGUGUUCGCGUUAGCCAUCGGCCUUAAUCCGGAAGAGGGAAGGUGACUGCCUAGAUCACGUGUAUUAACUAUUACAUCAAUCGGGAAGGAGAAGAUGACUCUGUUUUUAUUAUUCUUAUUGUGUUUUACUACUUACCUAAUACUUUUAUAAGUGCUAGAUAUUGUUCUACUAGCAAGUGCAUUUAGAUUUUUACCUAUUUGAGAUAUUUAAAGUUGAUGUACAUAGGGUUAAUGAAAUGCUGAUGCUUAGCACAUACAGACAUCUUCGAUGAGAUGAAACGAACGAGCCUUAUUAUAUAUGAAGUGAAAUUUGGCAGUCACUUCUUCCCGGACUACAAUAGUUGAAGAAUUUUUACGUAAGCAUUGGAGAUUCAAACACACAUACAACACUUCGCCGCGUUGAUUUACUGCAGGAGACAUGGAAAUUGACGACAUUGCUGCAGUGAGCUAGGAAGCUGCCAUUUUGAAAUUCGGUAUCUACUUAAGGGCGAACAGACUAAAGACGCAGUUGAAAAAAACAGUUAACCUUGUAUCGAUUCGCGUUGUUUGACCAUGGUGUGAGUUUCUAGGAUAUACGAAUAGAUUGCUUUGUCUAAUCUCUGGUCAGAAGGCAGAAAAGUGUUGUUCUUCGUUAAACAUUGCGUUGGGGGUAAAUGGCUAUGAUGUUGUUUGUGUAAAUCCCGGACCCUGCAAAUGAUGGUAUAAAGAUCCAGUGAGAUCUCGUUGACGUUUGAAAGAACAGUUGUCAAAGUUCGUAUUGAAAAGAAUGAACGUGGAGACCACUUUGCUCGUACAAGAGAUCGCAUGGUUUAGUUAAUUAGCCAGACGCGACUAUGCUUUUUGCACGUUUGCAUUCACGUUAAAGUUGACACUUUGCCUUGGUCCGUUGGACUGCGAUGACCAAUGUACUUCAAGUUUUAAAAAACAUCCCUCAAAACGUGACGUCACUGAGUCAAGUGGCAACCAGAAUAAAGAAAUAUUUGGUUUUUAUGGUACAUGCAUGUGGUCAAUUAGAACCUUCCUCACAAACCUCAUUCAAAGCAAACCUUUUUUGCAAUUCUGUUAGUAUUAUGAUGUGAUUAUGUGUUUGCUGUACAAAUAUGUGUGUUUUUAUGGGAUUACGCAGAUUAAAUUGUAUAAAUAUGCCGGUUAAAGUUACCAUUGCAGUGUUCAAACCGCUAUGAUGACUAAUCUAGCAGGCUUAAAGGGGCGUUUACGCUUUACACACGGCUACUAAUUUAGCCGAC